AUUUGAAAACCGCGCUUCAGCCAGUAUCCUACGUGGAGUGCUUCAUUUUAAAGUAUAUAACUAAUUGAUUUAAGCCGAGGGAAUUAAUCACUCAAUUUUCGAUAACUUUAAGUCAGUGUGCCGUGGCUAUCUCUUUGAUUUCCACUCUCGAGUCGUUUCUUUCUCAACGCAAUGAAAGUUACUUUCAAAACAUUAAUGCAGCAGACAUUUGUUCUUGACUUUCAAGAAGAUGAUCUGGUUGGCGACGUUAAAAAGAAGAUCGAAGCUAAAUGGGGCAGCGAAUUCGAUGCAAAGACUCAGAAACUAAUACACUCAGGCAAGGUGAUGAAAGAUAGUAAAUCGCUAAAAGAUUACAAAGUGACAGAAUCUGGUUUCGUUGUAGUAAUGUCUGUCUCAAAGCCAUCCAAAGAUACAACGAAAGAAGCUAGCGCUUCAGUCCAAAUUAAUCCUACUGGUGAAACAAAGCCAACAACAGACAAAAACAGCCCCGUAACAGAAGCAAAUGAAGCGCCGAGCAGUAAACCAGACCCAAAUCCCCAAUCUAACUUACCUACAAUUACAACAGCCCCAUCUAGCGCAACAAAUACUUUGGGUUUUGGAGAGAGUUCCUUAGUUACCGGAGAGAACUUUGAGCGGGUUGUAAAAGAACUAGUGUCCAUGGGUUUCGAGAGAUCACUGGUUAUCCAAGCAAUGCGAGCAGGCUUCAACAACCCAGAUAGAGCAUUUGAAUACCUUUCGUCAGGAAGCAUUUCGAAUGUUGAAGUUGUUCCCAUAAAACCUUCUCUAGCGUCCACGGGAGCACGACAUUAUAAUACAGGAUAA